CCGUCUGCACCCCCGAGUCAAGCUGGAGUAGCCUCUGCGGCAGUACUUAAGGUCAGCCAGCUGCCCGCUGUCUCGUCUCUGGAAACCAUCUCGGUCCAUCCGUCCUUCCACCCUUGUCAAUAUUCUUCACCGUCCACAGGAAUCGCCAGAAGGCGCAGACAAACAAAUCACAUUCUCCAAGAUGGCGUUCAACGUCGGCUUUUUCCCCGUUUUCAUGCUUUCAGCAGCAUCCUCGAUCCUCGUCGCCAGGAAGUUCGACUUGCCGCUGCCGUCGACGCUGGGAAAGGUGCUGCCGGCCGUCGUCUUCGUCUACUACUUCAUCUGGCGAAGCUGGAUCUUCCCCUACUACGUCUCCGAGCUGCGGCAUGUCCCAACCGUCCCCGGCUUCCCUCUCUGGGGCCAGUUCUUCGACAUCAUCCUGAACGAGUGCGGCGUGCCGCAACGCGCGUGGCACAAGAAAUACGGCCCCGUUAUCCGCUACUACUUCCCCUUUGGCUCCGAACGGCUGUCGAUCGCCAGCGACGAGACCAUCAAGCACAUGACGGUCAAGAACCCCUACAACUUCCCGAAGCCGGUGCGCGCCAAGCUGUGGAUGGUGCGCAUCCUCGGCGAGGGCGUCCUCCUGGCCGAGGACGACGAGCACGUGUACCAGCGCAAGACUCUCAACCCCGGCUUUUCAAUCCAGGCCAUCCGCUCCUUCCAGCCCAUCUUCUGGGAGAAGGCCCACCUGAUGGCCGACUUGAUGCGCCAGGAAAUGACCGACGAAGGCGUGUUCGUUAAGACCUUUGAGGUUCUGGAGUGGCUCAACCGGUGCACGCUCGACAUCAUCGGCCGUGCCGGUUUCGGCUACGAGAUCAGCUCGCUCGAGAGACCCCAGGAGCUCCUCCGCGAGGCGUACAGGCUCGUCUUCAACUUCGACCUCCCCUCGCGCGCGCUGCACGGCAUCCACGCCUUCUUCCCCUCGACCAAGUACCUCCCCGCCCAGAUGAACCGCGACAUGGAGCGGGCCCGCUCGAUCAUCCUCGCCAAGGCGACCGAGAUCAUCCAGCUGAGACUGGAGAAGGCCGAGAUCGACGACCGCGGCAAGGACGUGCUGACGCUCAUCGCCAAGGAGAACAAGAAGCUCAAGGACCUGGGCGAGCCGGGCCUGUCGUUCGUGACGAUGCGCGACCAAGUCAUGACCUUCCUCGCCGCCGGCCACGACACCACGGCCACCGGCACCGCCUGGACGAUCCACCUGCUGGCGACGUACCCGGAGGUCCAGACCCGGCUGCGCAACGAGAUCCGCGAGCACUUCCCCUUCCUCUUCGACCCGGCCCAGCAGCCCCUCGACCUCAGCCGGCUCGAAGGCAUGGAUCCCGACCGGCUGCACUACCUCGACAACGUGUGCCGCGAGUCGCUCCGCUUCAUCCCGCCCAUCCCCAUGACGGUGCGCGAGUCGCGGCGCGACGACUACCUCGGCGGCUACAAGGUGCCCGGCGGCACCGUCGUCUACAUGCUGGCCAACAGCAUCAACCGCAUGCCGUGGUUCUGGGGCGACGACGCCGACGAGUUCCUCCCGGACCGGUGGGACAACCUGCCCCCGACCGCCGUGCCCAACGCCUUCAUGACCUUCCUGCAGGGCCCGCGCGGCUGCCUGGGCCGCAAGUUCGCCGAGGUGGAGAUGAAGAUCCUGCUCAUCACCCUGCUCAGCAAGUUCGAGUUCCGCCGCGACUGGACCGUGCCCGACCCGGAGGAGUGGAAGAUGUGGCGGCUCGUGCUGCGGCCUAAGGAUGGCAUCAAGGUCAAGGUCAUUCCUAUUUCCCUUUAAAUUUGUUUUCUUUCUUUGUAAGAAAUUCCGGACCUGUGGUUCCGGACCUGUGGAUAUUUGUGGUGGCGACGCAAGUUGCAGGCCAUACAUACCCUGUUGGGUUUGUGUAGUUUUCCUUUUUUUGGGAGAGAUUUGGGAGGAAACACCACAACUAAGGGUGUAUAUAUAUUCGUGGUGGUCUAUUCGGUAGUCUCCAUAGAUGAUGAGAAUACACGGUUCCAUCAGGUUGACCUCUCUUGUUCUCCAACAGCCAUUCCGUCCACUGGCGCUUGGGGACGCCAAAACAAUCACUCGCUGACCCGG